AUGGCUAAACCAGGUUUUACUUCCGCUCCGCAUAAGUCAUUACCUGAACCAGAAGUGAGAACUCAGCGUGAGACACGGUCCUUGGCACGAAAGCGGCAUGCGGAUCAGAUUGCCGAAUCUGAAGGAGUUGAAGAUAUGAAUCGUGACACGCUCGACUCAAGUCACCCAGAGGCUACUGUGGAUCGAGAGAAAAGGUCCAUGGCACAGAAUACGGCAAGGCCAAAGAGGGCCCGCAAAUAUCCCUCCAUAAAUAACAAUGGCUCCCAGAUCAAAGACCUACAAAAUCGAAUCAAGGAUUUGGAAACUCUGAAGAAAACUUUGGGAACUAAAAUCGGCAAGUUGGAGACAGCAGUGAAAAAUGUCACAAAAGAAUCCGUACUGAACGCACGUAAAGGUACAAAGGGAGUCUGGGAUAAGGCAAAGAUGCAGACGGAAUUCAUAAAUUUGAAGAGAGACAUCAAGAACUGGGUCAAGAGAUAUGGCACUACCACAAAGAUUUCUGCUUUCCCUGACGCUCAUAAGAAAGAUAUCUUAUCAGCGUGCGAAAUAGAUCAAUAUCGAGAAGUCUUCUCAAAAGGCGACUUUGACGCGAUCCAAGAGCUAUCGAAAGGCGCUCAUCUGCUUUUAGAGGGAUUUCUAUACGCUCAAGCUGUCCAUGUUUUGGUCAGUCGACCAUUUGUUUUCAUCGACGCGAUGUUUCAGGAGCAUUCCCGUCCAAACAAUACAAUUCUAGGAUAUGGAAACAAUGAACAUCUGUUCGCAGAGUUUGCAGAGGGUCUGACACAGUGCAAUGAUUUUCCAGACCAGCGCGAACGGUGGACAGCUAGUAUGCUUCAGUCUUUGAAGCGAAUGAUCAUUCCUGAACCAUUGGAUGGCAUCGUUUCUCAUCUGAAAGAUGAAAAGUCUGUUGAUUCAUAUCGUAUAUACGAACUAGGGAUUGCACAGCUCGGCAAACAAUUCGUCUCUCUCGAAAAGCCCGCCAGAUAUCUUCUUAAUGACUGCUUGGACAGGAAACAGUGUGACCAGAGGCGUGAAUCUUUGAAGAUAAUUUACCGCAAGUUCAGAGAGGUAGCCUACCAUAUGUAG